AUGGCUCCUGGAAAUGACUCUUUUGUGACUGAAUUCAUUCUGUUGGGAUUAACAGACCAACCGUAUCUCCAACUCCCCCUGUUUCUCCUGUUUCUAGUAAUGUAUGUGGUCACUGUGAUGGGGAAUUUGGGGUUGAUAAUUCUAAUUGGGAUAAAUCCACACCUACACACCCCCAUGUACUUUUUCCUCUUUAACUUGUCCUUCAUAGAUCUCUGUUAUUCUUCUGUGUUUACACCCAAAAUGAUGAUUAAUUUCACAUCAAAGAAGAAUAUUAUUUCUUACUUGGGGUGCAUGACUCAGCUUUAUUUUUUCGUUUUUUUUUGUAUUUCUGAAAUCUAUGUGCUAACAUCAAUGGCUUAUGAUCGCUAUGUGGCCAUCUGCAACCCACUUUUGUAUAAUGUUGUUAUGUCUCCUAAAGUGUGUUCCAGCCUUAUUCUUGGUUCCUACUUGGUGGCAUUUUCUUGUGCCAUGGCUCACACUGGAUGCAUGCUGAGACUGACAUUCUGUGAUGCAAACACCAUCAACCAUUAUUUCUGUGACAUUCUCCCUCUGUUCCAGCUCUCCUGCACAAGUACCUAUGUCAAUGAGCUAGAACUUUUCAUUGUGGCAGGUAUUAAUAUCAUUGUACCCAAUCUUACCAUCAUUGUCUCUUAUGGCCUCAUCCUCACCAACAUCUUCCGCAUACGCUCCACAGAGGGCAGGUCCAAAGCCUUCAAUACCUGCAGUUCCCACAUUAUUGCUGUUUCUCUGUUCUUUGGAUCAUGCAUAUUUAUGUAUCUCAAACCAUCUUCUGCUGGGUCUAUGAAUGAGAGAAAGAUCUCUUCUCUCUUUUAUACCAAUGUGGUUGCCGUGAUGAAUCCUUUAAUCUACAGCUUGAGAAAUAAAGAUGUGAAAACUGCUCUGAGAAAAACUCUGAGUAGAAGACAAAUUUAA